AUGCUGUACAGCGGUGCCGUCAGAAGGGAAUGGGCGCACCCGAUUCGGUCCAACUUCGUUUUCGCACCCCUCUUGGCCUCGAUGACGCUUACCGCGGCUGUGCCUCCGAAGGUUGCUCAUGCACUGCACCCGUCUACGGACGUACCCCUGCCCGCUUUCAUGAUUCUGAGCGGUCUCGUGCUGUACCUGGAGAUGGCGUCGUACGGCAAGUGGCUGUUCAAUCAGACUCGCAGCCUCAGCCGGGCGAACCCAUCGUAUCAACUCGCUGUCGUGGGCAACUUUUUGGUCGCAUCGCUAGGCACGCAGGUUUCGGGCACAGAGAGCGUCGAGCUAGCCUGCAGGGAAAUUUCCCUUUUCUUUUUCGCCGUCGGGUUUCUCUACUUUCUCCUUGUGUUCUUCGCCAUCCAGCACAACUCGGCCGACAACAUCGAGCACCCUUCCGGCGCUGCUGCACGGCUCUCGGUGGAUCCGACUGCAGAUACCUCAACUGACCAUCGUGUUGAUGGAAGAGUCGGCGGAAACGAGGAAACCUUAAUGAGCCAUCCCACGGGAAGGACAAAAGCCGGGCGGAUACACGGCCAGCAGGAACAAGUUCCAUACCCUUCUCCACCACAUAUGCCGGUUUCGGCGGCCAUUGUCUCUGGGUGGGGGCGAAAGCCAUCCGAGCGCGUCCCACCUGGGAAGGAAAACAAAGAAGGGGAAACGGGGGACAGGAACGGCGUCGGCUCUCCAGAGGGAAAGUCCCGGUACUCUGCCCGGCUGCACGACAACGCGUUCAACGCGACGGUUCCCCCGCUCUCCGGCCUCGAAGACGUGCCGCUGGUCGAGGGUGAGGACGCGACGGCUGUAGCAGAAAGGGGCAGGGCCAACCUCGAGGUCGACAACGAAAACACCGAGGACGCAUCAGCCAGGGCCGAGAACCACCUCGGCGCUCGCUCUUCGUGGCCAGUGCCCCCGUUCACAGGGUCCGGGCGAAGCCUUCUAUGGCAUCCGUCCUCAUCGGACAUUUCGUCCACCAUGCCGUCGCAUCCGCAAGGCAAGGGUAGCGGCAGCGGCGACGACGUGAAUGCAGCACGCGACCGGAGGGUUUGCAAGCCAGCGCAAGAGACACCUUCCCGACCGCCCACGUUUCGGGGAGAAUCCGCCGGAGCGGCCGCUGUUGCCAACGGGAACGCGCCCCAGACAGCCGUCUUCCCUCUUCAGGGGCGUGGUCGCUGCAGCUCGAACAACGUCGGUGUUGCCACAACAGAUCGUCAAUUAAAGCGGGCAGAAGCGAAGGACGCCGCCGUCUCUCAUCGCAUGCCCAGGUCCACGUUGGCUCCGCGCGAUACCCCCAGCGGAACCCCUAGGAGCAUGCUCCUGAGCAGAGCGUUACACCCCAUCUAUUUUCUGUUCAUCGCUCCCCCUUCGGCGGCGGCGAUCGCCUGGACGCGAAUCAACGGGGAGUUUGACGUGCUGUCCAGGUCCCUGUACUUCAUCGCGGGGUUCUUGUACAUGUUCUUUGUGCUGGGCAACUCGAGCUUCCUGCGGACGGCCUCGUUUAGCCUCGCCUGGUGGGCGUACUCCUUCCCAUCGUCCACAUUUGCCGUCGCGACGAUCCUGUACGCCGAGGAGCUGUCGAGCGAGGGAGUGGUUCUGUUCGCCCUCGUGAUGUCUCUGGGAUCGACUGUGAUAGUGAUGGUGGUGGUCGUGUGCACUGUUUCUUCAGCAGCAACAGGAUCUCUCUUCGCUCCCGACCCGGUUCUCUCGGUCCUGCUUGAAGAGCUGCCUUAGUUGUUGUUCGGCACGGAACUGCCAUUCGCCUGAUCCUUUAGACUUUGGCGUCUCAUAGAAUUACAUCUUUGUAUUUCUGCUACUACGCUUCCCGAGGAGUCUGAGCGUCAGCCUCUACUUUUAUUUGGGGUUUCGUCCCUUGUGUUGUUGUCUACGGAUGGCAUAGUUUUGGAGUUUUUCGUGGUAAUUGUGGCAAUCUGGUCGUCGCGGAAGAGAUUUUUGGGUUUCGAUGACGGUGCAAACCAGCAUAUACAUCGGUAUGACUAGGGAGGCGGGACUUGCGAGGCAGCACCACGAGCUGGUAGCUUACGGAAUCAGAAAUACAUCACAGUCAACGAAAAGCCUCCCGUAAAGCUGUGCCAAAGGGGCACGUAUAAGUCAUAAGAGGUACAGGGUUACGAAGCCUUUGUGUUUGUUUUUUUCAUGCCCUUUCUUCGCAGUUAAUACGCUUAAGGAUGAUACCACUGUAGACUUUUGAGUACGAAACAAAACAAAAUGUGAAGCGGUCAUGUGGCCCGAUUGUUCACCUCUGAUAUACUCGUAGUACCAGGCUUAAGGCCGAGUUGAUGCGCACCGUUGUGUAGCAUAUAUGGAGGAACGCAGAGUGAAGUUGAAAUGUUGAUAUUAUGAGUAUGCCACACGGAGUUCUAACCCUUGCAUGUACUUUCUCUGUCCCGUAAGGCUAGUCGGUUAUGGGCGACAAGUCGUUCGUGGACUUAGAGGUUGAACCCAACCUUGUUGCAAGAUUUGUUGGAAGCUGGCGUGUAGACGAUGCUGAUGAGAAAUUAAAAGUUUUUGCUUGGCUACAAACAAAAGGUUGUCUCUGCUGAUACUAUAAUAUAUAUUAAUUGCGGAUCGAUCUGAAGACUUUUUUUUUCCUUUGUCACUUCAAUUCAGCGCUCACAGCACUCAACUUUUGCCGUUUACUCCAACCGGUCGUUACACACAAGGGUUUGUCUCCUUGAGGUCCCCUACGCACCCUUCCUGCGAUAUUUUCCUUCGACUUUUAAUGCGAGACGAAUGCGGCACUCUCUUCCCUCUGUAUCCGCAUGACUAGCGCUUUCCACCCAG